AUGCAGACAUGGAAUACAGAUGGAUGGAGUAAAGAAACCAGUGGGCGAUUUUGGAUGGAUGGUGUUGUGGCAUUACAUACGAUGAAUCAAUCCUUGACUCACGCCAAUAAGCUUUAUAUUAUUCACUAUUUGUGGUUAACACAAAUAUCCAAUGUCAGAAUCAAACCUAUAGCUAUACGUGUUGGGGACUUUUCCUUGAUGGCUAUUGCUGACGAACUGGGUAAAAGAUCCAAAUCAUGUGGUGCUUCUUAUAUAUGCGAUUUCCUCUCUUAA